ACAGCUGCAGUCGGGGCCCGUCUCACUGCUGACGGUAAUAAUAGUGGGUGGUUCUCUUGCUCUCUUACUAUCUCCUCACUCCUAUCAAUUCGGCUGUCGUCUCUCUCUCCCCUGCCUCGCGUCAUUCCCGCCGCUCUUAUAUCCAGGCCCGCCCCCUCUCGCUUCUCAGACCCGGUUGGAGGAGACCUCUUGGCAGCCUUUCCCCUCCGCUCAAUCAGCGUCCUUGCCACCUGUCCAUCAUGGGGGUCCUCCGAGAUUCCCGCCACUUCUCGAGAUCUAAUGUUGACAAUUUAUCCUUGAGGAGUAACACUAAUUGGUGAAGGAAGGGGCCAGGGACAUUGAUGGCAAAUACGGUCCAAAAGGACUGCAAGCAGGAAAGUGACGCUAUGGGUUUGCCUUCAGAACCACAUUCCCAGAGACAGCCUGAAGCUCAGCAUGCUGGGCAGACCACCAUAGAGGGGCCAAAGCAGAGUGACAGUUCUUCACUAAUAGGAGGGGCUGGUUCAGCCUCAGCAGAAUCUAAAGAAGUGGUGUCAGAAACCCAAAGGAAUGAGAAGAUGGCUGAGGAUAAUACAUUGAUAGAGAAGCUAGCAGAGAACGGCACGGGAAGUUAUGGGGAGACCAGUAGAUCCACUGAUUCUCCUUUUGGCACCCCAACACAUCAACAAAACAAAAAGGAGGAUACUGCUUUUCAUGCAGGAGAAAGCCCCUUGUUCCCUGAUGCAUCAAGCACUGAUGAAAAUGUCGCACCAGUCACCCCCACUGCAAAGAAAAAAGGCAGACCCAGAAAGAACCCUGUACCACAGAAGAUGCCCACACUGAGUGAAGAAGGGACAGAGAACGGCGAGGCCCAAACUCCACAGCCGCCAAAGGUCUAUAAGAAGAGAGGAAGGAAAUCAAAAGCUGAGCUGUUGGCGAUGCGGCUUGAACAGGGACUGCCAGAAACGCCAGAGCCAGUCCCAAAGCAGCUUGAAGAGGAGGUCAUUGAUGAAAAAGAGAUGACCCUGGGAGGACGACCGAAGAGAAGAGCUGCUAAAGCGGCUAUGAAAUACCUCCAGUCCUUUGCUGAAGAGAUGGGAUACUCUGACCAGACUCCUCAGGCACCAGAGAACACCACUGCCCACGAGGACACAGAAUCCAGUAUGCCAGUGAAACGCGGGAGAGGGAGGAGGAAGAAGAGGAACACAGAUGAGGACUCUGAUGAUGUGACCAGUGAUGCAGACUUUGUCCUUCCUGAUGGAGUGACGGUCGAUGAGGAUGACGAGGAUGAUGAGGAUGCCUUAAAUGUUGAAUCUGAAUCUGACCUGGAAGAUAAGGGGAAUAAAAUAAGAGUGGCAUCUGCUGCUACUAAACCAAAAUUCUUGGGCAUGGCUGCUAAUGGCUUGCUGAAUAACGUGAUGGGUCCUGUUUGGAAUUGUAUGCACAUGACAAAGGAGUAUCGAGAGCAAUACUAUUCCCCCUGGGUGUUUCCUGAAUGGAUACCUUCUGUGAAGGACUGGAAGUUUCUGUCCGAGAGUGAAGCACUCAAUUAUUUACCCCAAGAAGAGAAAUCGCCACCCUUCAGGAUAAGAAGAGAGGGUCUUAGAGAUGAUAACACGUUGCGUCGAAUUGGCAGAUUUCAGUCCCUUUCCUCGCAUUAUGAACGAUGGGACUUGGCUUUCUUUGUCGGUGGUCCAGUGUGGUCAAUGGAGUGGUGCCCCUGCCCCGAAGGUUCAACAUCCACUCAGUACGCAGCCAUUUACUCUAACAAGGGGAUGGAUGACAGGCACAAGAUGUCUGGUACGCACAUAGAGCCAGCACUGUUGCAGAUCUGGAACAUAGGUGACCUGCAGCAUUUCAGUUGCCCAACAAACAAAGCCACCUUUGCAUACGGGGUUGCCUUGGAUUACGGCUGCAUAUGGAAUAUGAAGUGGUGUCCUAGUGGGACAUGGGAGCUGCCUUCAUCCAACAGAAAGAUUCCCCAGAUGCCCAGGCUUGGACUCUUGGCUGCUUCCUUUUCAAAUGGAAAAAUUGCUGUGUUCAGUCUUCCGCAUCCAGAAUCAUUGACUGCAUACAAGACAUAUCAGAGUAAAGGAUCAGCAAGUCAACAACCGCUGAUAUGCAAGGUACAAUGCACUGUUGUCCUGGAGGUAGGAUCAGUACAGGCCAGCAGUAACUCCCAGUGUGGACAAUGCUUCUGUCUAGACUGGAUACCGAUGGAAGACCACAAGUUCCUGGCGGCUGGCUUCUAUGAUGGUACGGUAGCCUUAUGGAACCUAACUACCAAAUCGCUGCUGCAACGUGUCCGUCAAACCAAUGAAUCUGUUACUCUGUACCCCUACCACAGCUUCAUAGCCCAUGACCAUGCCGUUCGUGUUGUCACCUGGUGCAAAGCCAGCAGUGAUUUUAUACUCACAGCCAGCGAGGACAGGAAGUUGAAGUUCUGGGAUCUCAGGAGGACUUAUGAGCCAGUCAAUGUCAUUAAACGCUACCUCAGUACAGAGGUGUCAUGGCAGCUGCAUUGGUGUGGAAUCUCUGUGGCACAGGAAAACUGCUACGUUACGUUUGGGCUCAAUGGAAUCCAUUAUAUUGAUGCUGGAUACAUAGGUUAUAAACCAUAUUUUGUUGCCCCCCGGAGAGGAACAGUAUGGAGUAUAUCUGGCUCCGAUUGGCUCAAUACCUGUACCACAGGAGAUAGCACUGGGGAAGUCAUAAUGAUGUUGCUUGCUGACAUGACAGCCAACCCGAACAACAUCAAGCGAUCAAGUGACCGCAGAUUUCCUGUUUACAGGACCGAGCUUGUUCAUUUUGAUGCUGCUGCCAGUAGGCCUUCCGAUGCAGAGGGAAGCACUGAGACAACUGACAGAACCCCUGUUUGUGAACCGCGGACAUACAGCGAGGCAAUUAAGAAAUUCUACCUUCUGUUCGAAGAUACCGAUAUGAGGUCAUUUAAAAAUGCUGCUAUGCGAGAGCCAAUGAAGCAAAUGUGUGCCACAGAAUCAAAGGGUUCACUGUCUCCUGAUAGGAUGCCUCUCGACUCCAUACACAAGGUCCGGUUCAAUCCCAAUCUUGAUGCUCAUGGCUGGCUACUGUCAGGUGGGCAGUCGGGCAUAGUCCGAGCACACUGCCUCCGAGGAUUGAACAGCCCCAUCGCCAGCAAGCUCAUCCGGGAGAGCCAAGCUCAGUUCAACACCAUGUACCAGCCUCAAGGAACUACAGCCAAUGAGGCGAUCAUGAAAACUGUCAUCCACAGUAUAGAAACCAUUGUAGAGGUGCUGUGAAAGGAGUUGCAGAAAGGAUUCUGGAUGUACAUGGUCUCUCCGUUACCACCACCCCAGUGUCCUCAAAAAAGCAACUUUUCGAUUUCCACGAUUUAAUAAUUGUAGGUAUUACUGAUGGUGGUCAAUUGAAAUCUAGCCUUCAUGGUUGUUUUUUUUGUUUUUGUUCAUUUUCUCCAAGGUGCUUAAAUUAUUUAGUUCCAAAAUAUAUAUAUAUAUAUUUUUUUUUACUUUAUGAUAAAUAAUUAAAAAUAAUAAUAAUAAUAAUAAUAAUAAUAAAGCUUUUAAAUAGUCAUGCUCUGCAAUACUUCUACUAAAUGGAAAUGAAAACAAUCCACAGCACUUCUGAUGUGGCGCUGAAUGGUUUUCUUUUUGGUUAGUUUUGUUAUAUGUGUUUUUGUGAUAUGUGCUUCUGUGGUAUAUUGCUUUUUUAAAUUUAUUUUUCUUAUUAUACAUAGCUUUAUUUAAAGGGGGUGUACAGUAAAUGUAGAGCUUGAAAUACAGAGAUCAUACAUUAUAUUGGAGGUUGAAGAAAUAUCUUUGAUCCUACCUAUUUCAUAAUAUGGAUUUAGGAGGUGAAUGUAAUGAAUGAGAAAUACUUUUCCGCCAAAGAAAUAGCGGUUCUUUUCACAUACUGUACAACACCCCACUGUCACCCUCCCCUUGUUGAGACUAUGACCAAAUGCUUUAUUUUUAAUGCAGUUCUCCAUUCUUCCACAGUAACAUAUUUUAAUAUUUAAAUGCUAAAAUAUAUUCUGUGAUAAAUACAUGUCACAAAAAAAUUGCUUACCAGGAAUAUUUCUUUUAAGGCAAAGUCUGGCACAUAUUUCAGAUAUGUAAAUGUUACACAGGUAUCCAAUGCACAAAUGCAGGUUUUUUUAACAUGUCAUAAUUUUCUGUGAAUAUAUUUUCCAGUUGUGAAAACUGAUGGUCUACUUGAUAUUUAGAUAGUUUGACUCCAAAGCUGGAGUGAAGGCUACAGGAAAUGUAGUCUGAAAUAUAUGCUGUUGAUAUAUGUGAGAUUUACAUAAUAAAGGAUUACCACAAGGAAUUUUUAGCUUUGAUAAACUUUCCUGCCAAAUAUGUUUGUUACUCUCUUUGUUCCUAUUUGUUUAAUUCUGAGCUUCAAUGUGUAGGGUUAAAUUGCUUCACGCUGAAUCAUUGGCGUGUACAUCGCAUUGUACUGUGACGUUACAUAAGCAAGCAACAGUGGGAAAGCAGCUCUUGCUCUAGAGACAAAAACAACCAUAAAGACUUUACAGGUGCUUGCACAGUAUAGUUA